AUGAAGAAGAGUAAAGAGAACGAAGAGCUGUGGGAAGAGAGGAAGAAACUAGUGAACGAAAUCCUAAAGGACUACACAUCAAACGUAAACGAAUGUCUCAAAAUUAAAGUAAAUUCUACCCAUAGUAUUAACACCAUUAUUGUCAACAGUAAAGGAAUUCUUAAUUUUUUUCAGGAUUUUUAUGAAUUAUUUCAUCAAAAUUCAUCAAACGCAAUUACAUAA